UUAGCGGACAAGAUGUCUGCCUACCCGUCUCAGGAGUUUCGGCCUCUUAAAAAGCCGAAACUUGGACCCCCAGAUGUAUAUCCUCAAGAUCCAAAGCAGAAAGAGGAUGAACUGACAUCAGCUAGUGUGAAGCAUGGUUUCAUUAACAAUCCAACCUUUGGUGACGAGUAUGGAUCAGCUCGAAGAGAGAACAUUAACCAGGAACAGUUUGGUACUGAAUUUAUCUCAGUAUUGGACAAGAAGAAAGAAGUUAAUACAUUUCAAGACACAUCAAAAAAGAAACAGUGUCCCACCAAAGACAAUUUUUGGCCGGCUGCCAAAAACAAGAAUGCUAUGGAAGCAUGGUUCAAGGACUUGGCAGGCAACAAGCCACUAUUCCAACUUGGAAAGAAGGUUCCUACAUUUAACAAGAGAGAUGAGCUUUUUUCCACCUUGUGUGAAUUCUCGCUGCCCAUGAUGAAGGCUGCCUGGAUGGUGAAGAUGACUGGAGCCUACAAUACAGCCAUGCAGGAGAGUAAGAUCAAGAAACGACAGAUGGUGGAUCAGUCCGUUGAUUGGUGCCAGUCGUUGACCAAGUUCAUGCGUGACCAGAUUCAGAAGAUUCAGGACCCAUACCACGGCACACCUGGGGGACCUACCUCUGGUUUUCUCACGGUCUCCACCAACACAAACAUCCAGGUGGACCUAGAUCUAGCAAUCAAACAGUGGCACUACUCCUGUAAACUAGCGAGACACAUGUACGAUGAGGGACUGCUGGACCGAAAUGAAUUCCUUACCUGGAUGAUCGAUUUGCUUGAGAAGCUAAAACAGACAGAGGAUACAGUGCUCAAACUUGUUAUGGCUCAGGUGUUACAGUACCUGGAUGAGAUAACAAUGUCGGUGCUGUUGUCUCGUCGACUGGCCCACUUUGCUGCUAAGAAGAUCGCCCAGCUGUGUGGAGACUCUGGAGGGACUUCACCUCAGACACAAUCUCCUAUGGUAAACAGUACCGGCACGGCUAUAGCGCCGCCCAAUGGCACCAUGGCAAUGCCACAGAACCCACUAGCAGUUGUAUUCUCCCAGUACAACAACUGUCCGCAGCACAGAGGUAUCAUUCUGAGUCUGAGUGCUACUCUCCAGGUCAUUACUCUGCUGUGUCCGACCUCUCUCAUCUGGAACACCCUAGGUGACGGCAAGACCACAUCAUCUGUACUGUGUGGGUCAGCUCUCGACCUUCUCCCCUGUGCUCCUUCCAGCCUGCCUAUGCCACCUGGCCCAGAGAAUCCCCAGAUACGGGCUCAGAUUCGGGCUGUGGAGAAUCAGCUGAAGAUGCGUGGGCGUGCAGCAGAAGUGCGCUGGUCCUCAGACAAAUGUCAGCAAUCCACUAGGGGUUUCACCAUCAGUAAGAGGCUUGAGGUACUGGACAUGCUUGACCGACACAAUUUUGACAAGGUGGACAGCAACAACUCUCUAGACACUUUGUAUAACAAAGUCUUCUCAGUUCACCAGGCUAAGGACGGUGUAGAGCCGAUGUUGGCAGAUGAACCGAUCAUUCACCUGUUGAUAGACUGGGCUGUUAGUACACAACGGACAGGAAACUACCGAGCUGUGGUUGUAGCCAAACUCUUGGAGAAACGUCAAAACGAGCUGAGGACAGAGAAAUUUGGUGACUCUGAUAUGAUAGAUGACAAGGACUCCCUGGGAUCGGAUGCCAUGGUCCCCUCAGGACUGCCUGCCUUCCAGAGCCUUCUCAUGAGCUUCUUAGAUGAACGAGCACCUGUCCUAGAUGAUAAUCCGUCAGACGACUGUAGGCAGGGUUUUGCUAAUCUGAUACAACUGUUCUGUGAGCUAAUUCGUCAUGAUGUCUUCUCUCACGAUGCCUAUAUGUGUACAUUGAUAUCGCGUGGUGACCUGUCGUCCCCGACAACUGUGCCCCAGAUAGGUGUGGAUAGUAUGGAUCUCUCCAGCAUCAAGUCCCUCUCUGAGUCAAUUAAACAGGAGGUAAUGCACCAGGAUGAUAUCAAAGUGGACAUGGACAUCAAUACAAUGGACAGUGACUAUGUCAGUCUGUUUGACUGUGUAAAGGAUGAACAUAAACCCAGUCCAGAGGAGCCUGCCUCGGUCAAGUCUGUGAAGUCAGAGAAAGACCAACCAAUCCCCAGUGUUGGGGGCCACACACAUGGAGGCAUGGAGACCAUUCAACAGCCCAAAGGGCCUUCACGCCACAUGAUUUACGCACAACACUUCCCCAUUCCAAAGGACGCUGUCCAUGAAUGUAAUCAGCGUGGCAUUGUCAUGUACGGUGUAGGUAAAGCCAGAGACGAUGCCAGACACUAUGUCAAAAAAAUCUCCAAAGAAACACUGAAAUUAUUUAGUAAGAAAAACUGUGUGGACACUGGUAGUGGUGACCUUGGGAAAGUGAAAAAGAGGAAGGAAAAAGAACCAGGUGACACCUCUCUUGUUGCCGUGGUUACCAACUUUGACCAAAUAUUUGAAGGAAUUUUUGGGAAAUAUCAAAAACUUUCUUACUUUGACCAACAUGCAGUGACCGCCCAGUGUACAGAUGCUGUUCUGGAACAGAUCAACAGCUUCACCAUGGGUAACUCCAGUUAUCUACCCCUGGUGGACAACAUCUCUUAUUUAUUUGACCUGAUGGAAUACUCCCUCAAUAUAUAUGGUCUCCUGGAAUUCUCAGUAAAGCUGCUGAAGGAAUUGGGUAUGGUGGAGCACACACUGAGUAGCCAGAAGUCGAGUCUCGCCGGAAACUACACGACCUUCCUGUGUCUAUGUAUCGUGGGUGUAUUCAGGAAGUACCACCCGUACCUUCUUGUCUCCCAGGACCUCAUCAUACAGGCCUUCGAGGGGUUAAUUGGUGCUGUGAAGGACGUGUAUAACCCAGCAGUUUGUACGUCUGCCGAGCGGUGUAUCCUUGUCUAUCUCUACAAUGCCUACACUUCGUGUAGCUAUUUACGGGACAAGAAAUCAGAAAUGUUCAGUAAUUCAUUUAAGAAGAUAAAGAUGACGCUGUAUGCUGAUAUCAACCCUUCAGCCUCCAACCUGUUGUGGGAUCCUUCUUUCAUGAUGGACUUCAUGGCCUCCGUCAAAUCUCAGCCGGACACGUCACUGACCAAACAGCUUUAUGACAAUCCAGCCAAUCGCUAUAGCUUUGUGUGUAAUGCCAUGUUAAAUAUCUGUAACUCACAGAAGGUUGACAGACUAAACAGUAUCUCUGUGUUAUGUGCUGAGUUGACCGCCCGCUGUAACAGUCUGAGUUCAGAGUGGCUUGGAGUACUACAGGCCCUGUGUUGUUCCUCCAAUCACAGCUGUGGGUUCAUAGACGUUCUAACUCAGGUUGAUGUUGGAGACAUGUCUAUCCAUGAUUCUCUAGCAGUGUUCACUGCCAUCCUCAUAGCUCGUCACUGCUUCUCCCUCCAAGAUCUUGUCGUUCAUGUUGUUCUGCCAUCACUCCUGGCUGCCAAACCCUCAGCCUCCGGUGACCAAGACGCUGAGCCAGGGGCGAGACUGACAUGCCACAUCCUACUGAAGCUUUUUAAGACGUCAGAGGGACCACUGAGUUGGAAAAACCAGGCCAUGUACAACCGAGCUCCAUCUAAUAUCAAAGCUUCAUGUGACAGACACCUCCUAGCCGCAGCCCAUGAUAGUAUUACUGUGGGGCCAGUGUUAGCUGUACUCAAGGCUAUGCUCAUGCUCAGUGACCAGACAACAGACGAGGUUAAGUCCAAGUCGAGUGCUUGUAACAAGAAAGAGGAGAAGGGUGGAGAUAUCAUUAGUACUUUACUGAAUAGCCUAGAAGAUGACAACAUGAUGUUUGGGACAUCGCAGUCUAAAGGAGGUAUAGAGAGUGCUGGACUCAGUGAGUUUGCCAAGCAUGCCCUGAAGGAGAUGUGUGCGCAGGACUGGGUCCAGGAGAAGUUCCUUAAGAAUCCAGAGUCAGUCCUCAGCUCUGAUCUCUUGCUCGACCCUAUGCUCAGUAACAAACAGGCCCAGCAGCUGUUACAGAUGAUAUGUUACCCCCACGGAAUACCUAACCAGGUAGAGGGAAGUGAACCUGACAAUAAACAGGUGAUACAGCGUAUCCUCCAGACCCUUAAUCAGUGGGGACUUAGGGUGUCCCUCCUGGAGCUGCAGCUGAUGCUGAAACAGGCCACUACCCAGUCAGACACCAACUCCAUUCUGGAGAAUGUGGCCCGGGGGUCAAUAGACCUGUUUCACCAACAGACCGAGAGUAACAGGGGCAUGACUGAUACAGACUCACCAUCACAGCAGGCUAACAGGUCUGAGUCGGAUGGAGUUUGGAUGGUUGGUCCUCUCAUUUCCAAGCUUCAAGGCGUCCAGGGACGUGUCCUAAAGUUGGCGGCACAGGUUCUGGAGACGGGCAAUAACUUCCUGUCCAAGGGAAAGUUUGAUAAGGAGCGGAACCUCAGGAGUUAUUACAGUAAAUCCCUACUAGGCCACCAACCCUUCCUGUCCCUUGUGCUGACCUGUCUUAAGGGGCAGGAUGAACAGAGAGAGGGGUUGCUCUGCUCUCUUCUUAACCAACUGGAAAAGUUCAUCAACAACUGCAAGGAGGCCCUGGAUAAAACUCCGGAUGAGUUUAAGGUGCGACAGACCAUCCACGAGGCCCUUCAGCUGCGUCUCUCACUGGUUGGAGGAAUGUUUGACACCAUACAGAGAAACACAACAAAUACAACGGACUGGGGGAUACUACUUCUACAGCUCGUCACCAACGGAAUAGUGGACGCUCAGUCAAACAAUGAGCUCUUCACUAUCAUCCUCGACAUGUUGACUGUCCUCAUCUAUGGAACAUUGAUAACAGAAGGCCCGGAGAAGGAAGAGAACAAACGCACUUACCUAAAUCUCAUAAAAAAGCUGAGGCGUGAGAUAGGGGACAAAAACUCGGACUCUAUGGACAAGAUCCGCCAACUGAUGCCUCUACCCAAGAGAUGGUAUGAGGUGAUCACGUGUGAACCACACGGGACUCAGAUGGACAGUAAAGGCAAUAAAUACAAUGGACUUGGGAAAAAGGAGGGUUUACAGGUUUCUAAGAAGGAGAAGAUCAGUCCGUGGGAGGUGAUUGAGGGCUAUAAAAACCCUCCACCACUCUCCUGGCCGUACUUCUGUGCUGUAAAACUGGAGAGGAAGCCACUGAAAUAUGAGGAGCAACACAGGAUGAUGUUGUUCCACACCCACUCUCUCCGCCAGCCCCUUAGCCACUACCUUGAUCCCCCAGUUCUUCCCCCUGAGGACCUGGAACCACCGCCAGAGAAAGUCGAGGAAAAUGUCAAGGAGCAAACAGAAUCACACCCAGAGAAACCACGGAAAAAGCAAACUAAACGUCGAAAUCCAAGGACAAGCGGCAAUACAUUCCCUCCCACACCAGUGACACGACUGAACUAUCCUGACAAUCCAGCUAUGUACUCCAAUCCUCAUCCAAGCUGGAGCUACAAUCACUCACAGCCACAACAGUCCUCCUUCUACCCACAACAACAGAUGCCACAAGGUCCUCGGUUCACUCAGCCAUCCCAGUAUGGACCCAAACAGGCAUUACAGACUUUGAUACGAGGUCGUACCAACCCUAGCACCACAAACUACCCUCAGAACAUGCAGCACAUCCAUAUGAUGAACAAACAGAUGAUCCAUCGUCAGGUGCGGCAGCAACUACGCCAAACAUUCCAGAACCACCAGCGAGGCAUGCCCGACAGUCAGGGAAUGUUUCCUAACCAGAUGCAACCUGGUGGUAUGCAGGGUAUGAACCAGCAACAAAUGGGGAUGUCAUCCAACUUUGGGACGUCAUAUGGUAUGCAACCACAGCCAUCUGGGAGUGUGAUGGAGCCUGGUCCUCCGGGGGCGGGGAUGAUGUCCCAGCAGGGAUACAGCCAGUCCUAUCAGGGAUCACAGACAUCUGCCAUGAUGCCUGGUAUGGGGAACCAGCCAAACUACAUGGCCCCACAGGCACCACCAGCAGCUCCAGUAGGACAGUCACACUUCAACACCACUUCCAGACUGCAGCAUGGAAUGGGCAACAGUUCUAUGCAAAACCCUAGCAGUACAAUGAGUGGUAUGACAUCAGGGAUGACGGGGUACAACCAAAUGGCCUCGUCAGGACCCUCACAGCACCAGCAGCAGACCGGAAAUGACAAAUUGAACUUCUUUCACCCUCCUGCCUCCUCCUCCUCCUCAUCAGAGGAACCCAAGACUGGCUCCUACAUACAGAGGAUGGGACCACAUCAGCAGCAGCAACAACAACAGCAACUCCAGAUGCAACGGAGGAUGAUGCCAAUGCAAAACCAGCAGAUGCAGUCAAACCCACAGGCAGCCCUUGUAGCUCAGCUCCAACGACAGAUUUCUGUGGGGCCAGGCCAGGCACCGGGACCCCAGUACAACAACUACCCACAACCCCCACAGUACCAGUAGGCAGAUCUCUGGGGUGAGGCCCUUUGACCUCUGACCUCAAUACAAUAACCUACAACUCCCAGAGUACCAGUAAGCAGAUCUCUGGGGUGAGACCCUUUGACCUCUGACCUCAAUACAAUAACCUACAGCCCCUACAGUACCAGUAGGCAGAUCUCUGGGGUGAGACCCUUUGACCUCUGACCUCAAUACAAUAACCUACAGCCCCCACAGUACCAGUAGGCAGAUCACUGGGGUGAGGCCCUUUGACCUCUGACCUCAACACAAUUUCCUACACACCCCAGAGUACCAGUAGACAAGUUGGCAGACCACUUGGGUGCGGAUCUCGGUCAGUCUGUUUACUGGCAUCCCCACGGUAUGUGUUGACAGGACUAAGGUCAGUCAUCUGAGACAUUGUAUUUUGGAUGGGGCACUAGUAAUAGCAGAAAGUGUUAUCAUUUUCAUUGUCGUAACUUCGUUCUUGGCUUGUGUCAAAUCAAAAGACUGUCUCCUCCAUUUUGUAUACAACAUACACAAAGACUACACACAAUAUAUUAUGUCCUGCUUCAUGCAGUGGUCCCAUGGAGUAACAUAUCAUUAUAUUGUACAAAUCAAUGUCGCAAAACUUAAAGGUUUGUCAAAAACAAUAAGCCACAAAAGAGUUGAACUCAUGCAUUUAGUGGUGAAAUGUUUUUUUAAAUGUGGCCAUUGAAUUUGCAUGUUUCUUAUUUAAGACUUGUGUUCUCAGUACAUUUGUACAUACAUAAAUGUAAUAUAAAGGAAUUGUUAAGUUAUGAAAUGUUUGUUAAUGGUUUUGUAUUGAAUUAAAUGAUUACUAUGUUUAAUGAAAUUAUAAUUGGAUCAAAACUAUUAUCCACUUGCAAAGUUUUGAAUCGGAUGAAAUGAUUUGCUUACAAAAUCUGAAUUGAUUAUGAAAAACAUAUGAUUAUUUUUCAUCGUAUGUAGCUUAAACAAAACAGAUAUUUGAAGACAUUCAGUGAUUGAUAUGAGGAUAUAUCUGGCUAACAUAUCUAUAAUUAUCAGUUUCUGCCACAAUGACCAAAAUUUUACUUCCAGAAAUCUACAGGUGAUUGAUAUUUUAACGGCCUUUCUGAAAGUUUACAAUGAUAUUAUUUAUCAAUAUAUGUAAGGAGAUAUGUGCUAUUUUUUUAAAUUGUUAAUUAUAAUCAUGUAUUGAUCCUGUAAAUAUUGAUCAUGAACAAACACAGAUGUUAAUACUGUAAUUAUCUCCACCUGUUGUUUGUGACACGAUACUUGUGUUUAAUUGAGACAUCUGGUACAUGUUAGUCACAGUAAGCCAGUCGACUGUGUCGGACACUGUAGAAACAGUACAAAAUAGGUCUAAUGUUGGUGAGGAUGUAACAGGUAUUACAGAAUGAUAAAUUCCCCACUAGGAACAGUGGUGUUUAUCGGAAUGUUUGGUUGUUGUAGUAUGUUAAUUGUUAUGAAAUCAGUGAAGAACUCUGCUUCACUUUAAUUUUAUAAAGAUCUGUUCCAUGUAAAUAACUUAUACACACUUCAUACUCAUCGACCAUGGUAACCAUGUCUUCAUCAAGAACCAUUGUUUUACCAUGGCACUCUGUCUUCAUCAUCGACCAUGGUAACCAUGUCUUCAUCAUUAACCAUUGUUACCAUGGCACUCUGUCUUCAUCAUUGACCAUGGUAACCAUGAAUGUCUUCAUCAUCAACCAUGGUAACCAUGGAUGUCUUCAUCAUCAACGAUGGUAACCAUGGAUGUCUUCAUCAUCAACCAUGGUAACUAUGAAUGACUUCAUCAUCAACCAUGGUAACCAUGGAUGUCUUCAUCAUCAACCAUGGUAACCAUGGAUGUCUUCAUCAUCAACCAUGGUAACUAUGAAUGUCUUCAUCAUCAACCAUGGUAACCAUGGAUGUCUUCUUUAUCAUCAACCAUGGUAACUAUGUAACUCAUCAUCAACCAUGGUAACCAUGUGACUUAUCAUCAACCAUGGUAACCAUGCCAGUAAUGAAGGUAGAUGAAUGGAAGCAUUAGUAAUUAUAAUCAUCUUCAUCACCAGUCGUUGUAACCAUCUUCAUCACCCAUCGUUAUAAUCAUCUUUAUCACCAGUCGUUAUAAUCAUCUUCAUCACCAGUCGUUAUAAUCAUCUUCAUCACCAGUCGUUAUAAUCAUCUUCAUCACCAGUCUUUAGUCAUCUUCAUCAUCACUAGUCGUUAGUCAUCUUCAUCACGAGUCAUUACAGUAAUCUUCAUCAGCAGUCAUUACAGCCAUCUUCAUCAUCACUAGUCGUUAUAAUCAUCUUCAUCACGAGUCAUUACAGUAAUCUUCAUCAGCAGUCAUUACAGCCAUCUUCAUCAUCACUAGUCGUUAUAAUCAUCUUCAUCACGAGUCAUUACAGUCAUCUUCAUCACUAGUCGUUGGUCAUCUUCAUCACCAGUCGUUAUAAUCAUCUUCAUCACAGUCAUUACAGUCAUCUUCAUCACAGUCAUUACAGUCAUCUUCAUCAUCACUAGUCGUUAGUCAUCUUCAUCACAGUCAUUACAGUCAUCUUCAUCAUCAGUCGUUAUAAUCAUCUUCAUCACAGUCAUUACAGUCAUCUUCAUCACCAGUCGUUAGUCAUCUUCAUCACCAGUUGUUAUAAUCAUCUUCAUCACGAGUCAUUACAGUCAUCUUCAUCACCAUUCAUUAUAAUCAUCUUCAUCACAGUCAUUACAGUCAUCUUCAUCACCAGUCAUUUUUAUCAUCACCAGUCGUUAUAAUCAUCUUCAUCACCAUUCAUUAUAAUCAUAUCCAGUCAUUGUAAUUAUCCUCCAUUGAUUGUACUGUACAGCUGUUAUCUGUAAAGUAAGAUGUAACAUGUUAUGUAUGAUAGAAUGACACGUAAACAUGAUGAAAGAAGCAUGAAAAUAAACUUUAUAAAUCAA